GAUUAAAACCUGCAAGCCCACAAUAUCUUCUAGCCCGUUUGCCUUGACAAUCACAUCAAUAUCCUGAUUGAUUACAGCCCCUAAUUUCAAAUUCCGCGCGAGCUUCUCAGUUGAAAAACACUUUCCCUAGGCUCGGCUCCCAACUUGCUCCUCUCCAUUUUUCUUCUGCGGCGGUGAUCGGUGAUCUAUUUCUCUGGCAGAAUUGAGUUUCUCUUAUUAUCCAGUUUUUGCUAGUACAGAUCCACAAUGGAACUAGAAGUUGCUGAUGUCACAAAUAAGCGCCUGAAACCUUCUGUGGAGGAUAAUGAAACCACACAGAUUGAUAGUGAAAUUGCGAAGGCUACAGAAGAAGAAACUGCAGCUGCCACACUGGCAUCUGAACAGAUGGAGCUGGAGAUUGCUAAUAUUCUUGAAAAGAUCAACCGUUUCACUAACCUGGUCUCUGAACUGCUGGAAUCAGGGAAGUCCAUGCUGAAGGAACUGAGUAAUGAGUUUGAAGAGCGGAUUAUUUUGCUACACAAGGAACAGAUGGAAAAGUGGCAAGAAGAGAUUAAGGAAUUGCGCUUGCUUGAUACUUCAAAUGAGGAGGCUGAUGCUCUUUUGGGAAAUGCUAAAUAUCUACUUCAGAAUGUCCAGGGUGAAUCCUGAGCUAUCUGAACUAUGCUAAAGCUUCUCAAUAGGUAAGCCGUUCACGUUAUGCUGGGUAAUUGACAUUUUUUUGCAUUUCUAUGGGUUUUGUCACCUUGGUUGGUAGUUCUGUUCUUACUAAAAGAACAAUAAGAGAGCCUUACAUGAUCGACAAGAGGAGAAAAAGAAUACAUUUGAAGAAUUGCCGUACAUUUUGUUGCUAACUGAUGUAAAGCUGCUUAAUACUUCCCCUAUGACAAACUUCUAUAGUUUUCUGACUGAGAAGUCUACAAAAAGUAAUGCAAACUGGAAACAGUGAGCUUUUGGUGCACAUAUCCAUUGGAUUUCUCAAUGCUCGUCAUGUUGU